GAUCCUGGAGCUCCAGCUGUGCGCAGCCCCGCCCCUCGCCGGGCGGGUCGGCGCGCGGCAGCCCGGCUCCGGGCAGCGCGCCGCUCGCGCUCAGUACUCAGCCUCGCGAGAGCCGCGUCUCUGCGCCCACGGAGCUUCCCAGCUCAGCCUCCGCGAGGAGGAGCCAAUCAACAGGGCUGAGCGUUUUGCUCGAGCGCUUGUUUCUCUCCGAGGCCUCCUACGAGGAACGACAGCCUGGUCCAAUGAGCCCGUGGCAACGGUUGCCAGGGCAGCCGACAGCUGGUUCCGAAGGUUCUCGGGCGCUUAGGCAACAAUGGGACCGCUGGCCCGAAGGAGCGCCCCUUCCGGUUUCGUAGGCUUCCCCGGAGCCCCGCAGCUGUGUCUAACCCCGGAAAUGAGGUCUUCCGGGUUUCGCCCUCCCUCAAGAUGGCUGCGGCCGAAGAAGAAGAGUUACCGCUGCCCCGGCUACCCGAGCUGUUUGAUAUCAGCCGACAGCUUCUGGACGAAGUGGAAGUAGCGACGGAGCCCACCGGCUCCCGGGAAGUCCAAGAGAAGGUCUCGAAAGGACUCCAGCACCUUAAGCAGGCCGCCGAAAUGUUAGCGCAGCUCGACUUGUUCAGCCGAAAUGAAGAUUUGGAAGAGAUUGCUUCCACCGACCUGAAGUACCUGAUGGUGCCAGCAUUUCAAGGAGCCCUCGCCAUGAAACAAGGCAACUCCAGCAAGCGCUUAGAUCAUUUGCAAUGGGCUCGAGAACACUUUUUAAACUACUUAUCUCAGUGCCAGCACUAUCACGUGGCAGAGUUUGAGUUGCCCAAAACCAAGAACAACUCAGCUGAAAAUAACACAGCUAGUUCCUCCAUGGCCCAACCUAGCCUCGUUGCUAUGGCAUCUCAAAGACAGGCUAAAAUAGAGAGAUACAAGCAGAAGAAGGAGAUGGAGCAUAGGUUGUCUGAAAUGAAAUCUGCUGUGGAAAGUGGUGAAGCAGAUGAUGAGCAUGUUCGUGAGUAUUACCUCCUUCACCUUCGAAGGUGGAUUGGUAUCUGCUUAGAAGAGAUUGAGAGCAUUGACCAGGAGAUAAAUAUCCUGAGAGGAAAAGACUCUUCAAAAGAGGCAUCAACUUCUCACUCAUCUCGCCCGUCCAGGCCUCCCAUGAAACCCUUCAUUCUCACUCGGGAUGCAGCCCAAGCCAAAGUAUUUGGAGCUGGUUAUCCAAGUCUGGCAACCAUGACAGUGAAUGACUGGUAUGAGCAGCAUCGGAAGUUGGGAGCUUUACCAGAUCGGGGAAUAGCCAGAACAACGUCAGAGGCCAAAAGAGCGGAUCAACAAGAAGAUCAAGAACAAAGGGAGGAAGAGGAGGAUGAGCAAACACUCCACCGAGCUCGGGAGUGGGAUGACUGGAAGGACACCCAUCCUAGGGGCUAUGGCAACCGAAAGAACAUGGGUUAGUCUUUCCACAACAAGAUGAGACGACAGGGGGCACACAUCUUCCCCACAAAGGAAAACUGCGCAGUCUUCCCCUCUCUGGGCUCCUGCUUCAGCUCUACCAGGAAGGCAAAGACACCUAAUCUUGCUUUGCGUUCAAUAAAGUGUCAAGCAAU